AUGUCCAGCAGCUUUUUGUACCCGCGCGAUAGCUACUUGCUGAGUGAUCGACGCGGUGCCGUACCGCACAACAGCGGACCGCUUCACAGCCGCCUCGGUCUGACGGACGAGCAUGACAGUCGCGAGGUGCAGCGCUACACGAAGCCAAGACAGACGUACCCAACCGAAUCCAGCCCAAGUUUAGUCGGCCGCAAGCGUCUUCCGGACGUGAAUCCUCUCGCUGAUACGUCGACGAAGCUCACAGCAGGAAGGACGCUAUACAGGCAAGAGGAAGAACCAGUGACUCCGCCAACAAAUGACGGACGAGCAGUGAAGGCCGCUGCUACACGACGCGAACGGUGUCGGAUCAACCAGGCGAGGUACAGACAGAGGCAACGACAGUACGCAGAAAAUCUUGACGCUAGUCUCAACGCCUUGCGAGAGGAAAUCCAAGCUCUGGAGUUGCGGCGACAGAGCAUCCUGCGCUGUGCUCCGACGAACGAGAGCGCGUGGGUCGUGGCGAUGGAGUACUUCCGCCUCUUCCGAUAUGGAUUCAUGGCGCCCAUGAUGGUGCCGGGAGUGGCGUCUUCGUCCGAGAAACGGAGCACGAGUUCGCCACCAGAGCAGACCGACGCACAGCUAGACUUCCUGAAGGCUACGAUGGCAUCGGAUGUUACGGACGGUGAUGCAACUGGCCCGGAUGCGCUGCUACGACACUGGAGACUGUUCUCUAUGGUUUUCGACGACGUGCACCUGCAACUCAAGCGGAUGGAGCAGAUUGAAGACGACUCCCUCCUUGCUCUCUCGUCGAUCAGCAUAACUAUCACAGAGAAGACGCUGCGCUACGUAUUCCCCCCUUUGAACCCGACUAUCGCCAAGAAGCUGUUGAAACAGCGACUGGUAGUGCGCGGAUCUUCGCGCUUUGACUGGGAUGAGUCUUGUGGUCGUGUCAUCAGACUCGAAUCCAAGCUCGACCUGCUCUCGCCUCUGUUACAGCUCCUGGGCAACUUGGAGGACGUAGCCACUGUGUUCGAGAACGCUCAACUGACACCCGAGGGCAGAUUCAUAUCUGGCAAGAAAUAA